AUGUGUGGCGUACUUAAGGAUGAAUUCACUUGGAAAAAUUGCGGAUUUUCUCAUGGAAAUAGGAAAGCAUUUUACAUGUGUCAAUGGCAGUGGCCUCCCUGGCUGUAUCUACUGUUCAGGCUUGUAAUCCUUGGUUACUUGGUAGGGGCGUUUAUACCAGUCAUCGUACCCACAGACGCCAACGCCAAACACAACCUACUUGUCUACCUCACUAUCUGGACCUAUAUCGUCCUAAUCGCACAUAACGUCGUCGCUACCGUCGUUGCAUUAUUUUAUCAUUGUAUGCAAGAGAGGGAUGAGGAUGAUUUGUCAGCCAGUGUUACAUCUCAUCGGUAUUCUCUAAGUGGCGAUAGAAAUUCCUCAUACAAUUCAUUCAAAGAGAAUACUUUCCAGCGUGACGCUGCGACUACGUCAUAUACCGUAACCAAGGCAUCAGACGAUUCAGAAACAAAAAAUCAUACCGUCAAUGGCACGGAUAAAUCAAGCAGAAAUAUGCCACUCAAAGACCAAUCAAAUGGGCGUAUAACCUCUGAUCCUGAGACCCGGUCUGUGACAACUAUAACUCCAAUAGUGUAUGAAGAAACAACAGACAAUCUGUCAUGCUUGAUGAAAUUCUCUUGGUUAUUGUCUGUAGUUGCGCAACACUUUUCGAUCUUUGUGACUUUGUUAUACUUUUCAGCUGUAUUUCCUUUCCUGAAGGUUAAAGUGGGUCUUGUGAAUGACAUAAAUCUACACGCAGUCAACAGCUUCAUAGUUCUGCUAGACCUCGCGGUUAGCGCGCGACCAGUGCGUUUUCUGCAUGUUCUGUAUCCGGUCAUAUACGGCUGCGCAUACACAGUUUUUUCUAUUGUUUACUGGACGUUUGAUAAGGAACGGAACGUCUUAUACGCCAUUUUGAAUUGGAACAAUCCAGGCCUAACAUUAGGCGUCAUAGCAGGCGCUAUUUUCAUCGUAGUUCCAUUGAUUCAGUUUACGCUGUACGGAUUAUAUCGACUUCGACUGAAAUUAUACCGUAUUCGUUAUAAGCAUGUAUACAUGUGA